GCACAGGAGCAGCAUCAGGUGGGACUGUCCCGGACCACGGGGCCCAUGCAGCCUUCUGUGCCGGCGGGAUCCAGCAGCGUGGCCACAGGCGCGAGCGCGGGGGGUCCCUUCCUGGGGAGCCAGCCGCAAGCGGCCAUCAUGAAGCAGAUGCUGAUUGAGCAGAGAGCCCAGCUCCACGUCAUGGAGCAGCAGAAACAGCAGUUUCUCAGAGAGCAGAGGCAGCAGCAGCAGCAGAUCCUAGCCGAGCAGCAGCUGCAGCAGCAGUCCCAUUUGCCUCGGCAGCAUCUGCAGCAGCAGCGGAGCCCGUAUCCAGUGCAACAGGUCAAUCAGUUCCAAGGUUCUCCCCAGGACAUAGUGGCCGUGAGAAACCAAGCGGCACUCCAGAGCAUGAGGACGUCGCGAAUGAUGGCCCAGAACGCGAGCAUGAUGGCGAUGGGUCCCUCCCAGAACCCCAGCACGCUGCCCACAACCGCAGGCCAGUCAGACCUGGGCAUGGCUCCUUACAGCAGCGCCUCUUCCAGCCAGCCAGGAAUGUACAGUCUGAGCACAGGGAUGAGCCAAAUGUUGCAGCACCCAAACCAAAGCGGCAUGAGCAUGGCACAUAACGCGGGCCAGGGAACGAGGCAGCCUGCCUCCGGACAAGCGGUGGGAAUGGUCGGCACUUUUGGUCAGAACAUGCUGGUCGGCUCGGCGCUUCCCCAGCAUCAGCAGCAGAUGAAAGGACCUGUGGGCCAGGCCUUGCCCAGGCCGCAAGCACCGCGACUUCAAAGCCUGAUGGGGACUGUCCCUCAGGGAACACAGAACUGGCAGCAGCGAGGCUUACAAGGUAUCCCCGGAAGGACUAGCAGCGAGAUGGGGCCCUUCAAUAACGGCACAACGUAUCCCAUGCAGUCGGGGCAGCCGCGGCUGUCCAAGCAACAUUUCCCACAGGGGCUUAACCAGGCGGUUGUGGACACCAGCGGAACAGGAAGAGCCCUGAACCCGGCGAUGGGGAGGCAGUUGCUGCAGCCGCUACCUGGGCAACAAGGAGCCGGCCAGGCCAGGCCAAUGGUGAUGCCUGCGCUAAGCCAGGGGGUCCCCACGAUGUCGGGCUUCAGCCAGCCUCCGGCGCAGCAAAUGCCGGCUGGCAGCUUUGCGCAGAGCAGCCAGGGCCAGGCCUACGAGCGGAAUCCCACUCAGGACAUACCUUACACCUACAGUAACGAGGGGGCAGGGGGGUCGUUCCCCAGCCUAGCAGAGGGCGCAGACCUUGUGGACUCCAUCAUCAAGAGCGGACCCGGGGAUGAGUGGAUACAGGAACUGGAUGAGCUGUUUGGAAACCCCCAGUGAAUGGGCUUGUAUAGUCUGGAGUUCGGGUGUUACGUUCGGAAACGGAGAGAGUUGGAUGUUCUCCC